ACGGAGAAAGUGUAAGGUAAAAAAUGGCGACAUGGAGUGAGACAUUAUCCCCGUAACGAGGAGCAGCAGCGAAAGACAUUGAAUGGGAAGCACCCAUAAGAGUGGGAAUAGAGUGUAACUAUGUUGUCAUAUGGUCGUCACAUUCUAAAUCCUUGUGGCUACCGAAAUCUCGCUUUCUCAAGUUGGAGUCCCUUCCAUUCCAUUUAUUUGACUCCAACAACGCCAUUCUUCAAAUCUCGUUCUCAUUGUUCUUCAAUCCUUAAAACAAUGGGUUCUCUCUCUGCCUUCAACCAACCUAUCCAAUACCCUUCUGCUCGCAGAGAUGACUCCAUCGUUGACGAUUUCCACGGCAUCAACAUUUCCGACCCUUACCGAUGGCUUGAAAAUUCGGAUGCAGAAGAAGUGAAAGAGUUUGUGCAGAAACAGGUGGCGUUGACGGAUUCGGUGUUGCAGAGAUGCGAAUGCAGGGGAAAACUGGGAAACACAAUAACGAAGCUGUUCGAUCAUCCUCGCUAUAACGCUCCUUUCAGAAGAGGGAAUAAGUACUUUUACUUCCACAACACGGGUCUUCAGCCACAGAGUGUGCUUUACGUGCAGGACAGUUUGGAGGGUGAAGCGCAGGUUUUGCUUGAUCCCAAUGCUCUCAGUGAAGACGGCACCGUUUCACUCAACACGCUUUCGGUGAGCAAGGAUGCUAAGUUCUUGGCCUAUGGACUCAGCUCCAGCGGUAGCGAUUGGGUUACAAUAAAGUUGCUGCGUAUUCAGGAUAAACGUGUUCAGCCUGAUACCUUAUCUUGGGUGAAGUUUUCCUCUAUUAGUUGGACGCAUGAUAGCAAAGGUUUCUUUUAUAGCCGCUAUCCAGCACCCAAGGAUGGAGAAGUAGCGGAUGCUGGGACUGAGACAAAUGCAAACCUUCAUCAUAAGCUCUAUUAUCAUUUUGUGGGUACCCAUCAAUCUGAAGAUAUUCUGUGCUGGAGAGAUCCUGAGAACCCGAAAUAUUUGUUUGGAGGAAGUGUUACUGAGGACGGCAAGUAUGUUCUUCUGUAUAUUGAAGAAGGGUGUGAUCCAGUUAACAAACUUUACUACUUCAACUUAUCUGAACUUCCAAAUGGGCUAGAAGGUUUUCGGAAUGAAAAUUCUCUCCUCCCAUUUGUCGAACUUAUUGAUAAAUUUGAUGCACAGUAUCAAGCCAUUGCAAAUGAUGACACAGUGUUUACAUUCUUAACUAAUAAAGAUGCUCCAAAAUAUAAACUAGUCCGUGUAGAUUUGAAAGAACCAAGUGCUUGGACUGAUGUUAUUCAAGAAUCCGGUAAAGAUGUACUUGAGUCAGCAUGUGCUGUAAAUGGUAACCAAUUAAUCGUCAGCUACUUGAGCGAUGUGAAAUAUGUUCUGCAAGUAAGAGACUUGGAAACAGGUUCUUUGCAACAUCAAUUACCAAUUGACAUUGGCACAGUCAAUGAGAUUUCUGCACGCCGUGAAGAUACCAUGGUUUUCAUCGGCUUUACAAGCUUUUUGACUCCUGGUAUCAUAUAUCAGUGCGACCUAGGAACACAGAUUCCUGAUAUGAAGAUAUUUCGUGAGAUUGUAGUACCCGACUUUGAUCGCACUGAGUUUCAUGUCAAUCAGGUUUUUGUGCCUAGUAAAGAUGGUACAAAGAUUCCAAUGUUCAUUGUUGCCAAAAAGGAUAUUGCUUUGGAUGGUUCGCACCCUUGUCUGUUGUAUGGAUAUGGUGGUUUUAACAUCAGUCUUACACCAGUUUUUAGUGUCAGUCGCAUUGUACUCACAAGACAUUUAGGUGCUGUUUUCUGCAUAGCAAAUAUUCGUGGUGGUGGAGAAUAUGGGGAGGAAUGGCAUAAAGCAGGUUCCCUUGCAAAUAAGCAAAACUGCGUUGAUGACUUCAUUUCAGCUGCUGAAUACCUUGUAUCUGCUGGUUACACCCAACCCAGCAAGUUAUGUAUUGAAGGUGGAAGCAAUGGUGGACUUCUUGUUGGUGCUUGCAUAAAUCAGAGACCUGAUCUUUUUGGGUGUGCACUGGCUCAUGUUGGUGUUAUGGAUAUGCUACGAUUCCACAAAUUUACCAUAGGUCAUGCUUGGACCUCAGAUUAUGGUUGUUCAGACAAGGAGGAAGAGUUUCAUUGGCUAAUCAAGUACUCACCAUUGCAUAAUGUCCGGAGACCUUGGGAACAGCAUCCUAAUAAGUCAGUUCAGUACCCAUCGACAAUGCUGUUGACGGCUGAUCACGAUGAUCGUGUUGUGCCAUUGCAUUCAUUAAAGCUAUUGGCGACCAUGCAGUAUGUCCUGGUUACUAGCCUUGAUGAAAGUCCGCAGAGGAACCCUAUAAUUGGUCGGAUUGAAUGCAAGGCUGGUCAUGGAGCAGGGCGUCCAACUCAGAAAAUGAUUGAUGAAGCCGCUGACCGGUACAGUUUCAUGGCCAAGAUGGUAGACGCCCAUUGGAUUGAAUAGAUUUGAGCUUUACCCAAACCCAUGAUAUUGGAACGGGAGAACAUAAUGCUUUUUGUGAGAGUAAGGAGCUUUUCAUUUCUUCCUUUCAACCCUUCACAAGAAAGGAACUGCAUUUGGUGGUCAUACAGAUUUAUUUGUCUGGGGAGGCCAACAUACAUAACGGGUCAUAGAGCCGUAGAAAAUUAGAACGCAAGAGUUGAUGUUUUAAUCGUAUUAAUUUUGUUGUCACUCUUUUUUAUCAUUAUAUUAUGUUGCAAAAAAUGUUACUGUAUAUGCUCCUUUGUGUUAUUCGAAUGGAGAAAGCUUCCUUCGGUUGAAAGUUACAAU